AUGGACGAGAAGAAGCCCGCCGUGCCUGACGAGCCCGUUGCCGGCAAGAAGAGUGGCAAGGAGAACAGGCGAAACAGCAAAGCUCCAGCCACAAAUACAGACACCAGCCAUAUGCUUAGUCAGCCAGACGCCACAGCUCCCAAGCCGAAGCGUGUCCGAAAGCGGAAAGACGACGACGACAAGGCGAAGACGAAGAAAGAGAAGAACUCGACCGGCGACAAGGCCGCGGGAGGGAAAGACGGCGAGUCGAAGCCCAGGCGACAGCGCAACAGCAAUGUCAAGGCCGCAGAGAGCUCUGAUGCCACCGUCACAGCCGCAUCGCGAAAGAAGGCGAAGCUGGAGCAUAAAGCUGAUGAAUCUACAACGACGACAGCAUCAACACCUUCUGCAACGCCGCGACAGGCAAAGAUCACAGACAUGGUCCCCAUGAACUCAACUCCGACUGCGCACCCACAGCAGCAGCAGCUCCAGCAGCACCAGUUCAGCCAGCAUGCCCCGCAGACAUCCUCUGCGCAGCAGCCAUCACCACAGGCCUUCCCGUCGCAAAGUGUCUCGCAGCUUUCUCCGCCACCAUCAACCCUUCUUCCGGCGUCCUAUCCAUCGCGAAAUGGUUCCUACGAAGCUGGCGCACCCAUCACCUCCCCUUACACCUAUCAGCCACCCAACAGCAACUCCAACAGCAACAGCCAUCAUGGGCCCCCUCCGCAGGUGGCCCCUCCUCAGGCCCGGCCUGCCUCCCUUCCACGCUCCAGCGGACAGAACUACGACCCCAUCCGCUCGGCCAUUGAGAGCAGCUCCUCUGUCUCUACUCCUGCAAUGACUGCUAUGAAACCGGCACCAGCUCACACGUCCUUCAGUCCACCACCGAAUACUGUCACACCACCACCUCGACCGACUGCUGCUACUCCGUUUCGUGCCAGUGCUUCGCCAGCUAUAUCCAGCAUCAUCGAUCCUCCCGUGGUCCAUAGUACGCCCACUGUCGUCAUCCCGCACCCCGUAGCCGCUACCUCAGACAACAAACCCACUCCUUCGCCUACCCACCUCUCUGCAAAUGGCGCCACAGAUUCUUCCAAACCAACCGCUCACCCCUUAACUCAGUCUAGAUCCCAAGACUCAAACGCAAUGGACGUUGAUUCCAAACCAACCAGCUCGAAACCCGGCCCCAAGAAGGCCACCGCUUCGUCUGCCGGUAACCCUUCCUCCGGCACUCAAUCUCCCAAACCCACAGCCGCCCGCAACAAAGAGCCUCCCCGCCCCCUCCCUUCCACCGGUUCCGGAUUACUUUCCAACGCCCUUUUUGGAGUUGAUACCAGCUCAUCGUCAGACACCAAAUCCCUCCCGAACAUCAUCUUACAUAUCCCGCUAAAGGGCCAAUCGAAUUUGGUCAUAAACUUCGCCCGACUGGCUGAGGAACAGUAUGGUUUUGAUGCUCUACAUCCACGUAUAGCCGCACAAAAAGAACGUCGUGCACGACUAGCCGCUGCCAGCGCCGUUCUGGAGAAAUCUGAGCGUGCUGGCCGAGGAGAAAGCGGUGCUGAAGACGAUCUCUCACUAGACGCAGAUCGCGAUAGCGAUGGCGACGGUGACAUCAACAUGUCUGGCAUGGGUACCAACACACCAACUAUGAACGGCACAGCAACUGACGAAACCGCUGCCGCUGGUGCUCCUCCCGCUGCUCCCAACGUCAACGCAGACGGCAAAAAGACUCGUCGGCGCAAGAUCGAAGAAUACGAUCGCGACGACCCAUUCGUUGACGACAGCGAAUUGAUUUGGGAAGAACAGGCUGCGGCAUGCAAGGAUGGAUUUUUCGUUUACUCAGGACUUUUGGUUCAGGAAGGUGACAAGGUUUCUGUUGAGAAAGCUGAUGGAACCACUAAACGCGGCCGUGGACGCCGUGGUGGAGCAAGCGGCACAACUCAUGGAAACUCAGGCACAUCCUCCCGCGGCCGUGGCGGACACGCGGGCAGCAGCGCCACUACGCAUCAUCCAAACGGCGAUGGAGCCACUGCCGGUAAAUCAGGAACUGGACGCGGAGGCGCCAGGAAACCACGCAUUACCAAGGCUGACCGACUACAGAUGGAGAAAGAAAAAGUUGAGAGAGAGAAGUUGGCAAUUGGCCUUUCUGGGAAGACAGCUGCGAAGUAA